AUGGGCAAGUACACGAUCCGGGUGGUCACUGGAGACUCGCUUCUGGCGGGCUCCAGCAACCUGGUGCAGCUGUGGCUGGUGGGCGAGCACGGGGAGGCGGACCUCGGGAAGCAGUUUCGACCACUGCGGCGAGGGACCACGGAGUUGGAGAUCGACAUCCCCGUGCAUCUAGGGCGCCUCCUGCUGGUGAAGAUGCACAAGCAUAAAGGCCUGUUGGAUUCUGACUGGUUCUGCAAGUGGGUCACUGUGCAGGGCCCUGGGACCCAAGGAGAGGCCGUUUUCCCCUGCUACAGCUGGGUGCAGUACAACGAGACUAUCUGCCUAUCCGAGGGCACUGCCCUAAAGGUAAACGACGACACUCAGAACCUGUUUAAGAAGUAUCGAGAACAGGAGAUGGAGGGCCGAAGGAAGGUGUACCGGUGGGGCUCCUGGAAGGAGGGUUUAAUCCUGCCUGUAGCGGGGAGUACACAGCAGGACCUCCGGAGGAACCAGAGAUUCAUGGAGGAUAAGGAUUUAGAUUUCUCCCUCUCUCUGGCCAAAGUGUUGAAGGAAUUUGCCAUUAAGGGGACUCUAGAUUUUAUAAGUCGUGUACAAAAACUGGAAGAUUACCAAAAAAUAUUCCCAUAUGGAACGACUGCUCUGGCCGGGCGGGUUCGUGAUUCCUGGAAGGACGAUGCCCUCUUCGGGUACCAGUUCCUCAAUGGUGCCAACCCGAUGCUCCUGAGGCGCUCUAAGAGCCUUCCGGUUCGGCUGGUCCUGCCUCCCGAGAUGCAAGACUUACAGAUCCAGCUGGAGAAGGAGCUCCAGGCUGGAUCUCUGUUUGAAGCUGAUUUCUCCCUGCUGGAUGGAGUCAAGCCCAACAUCAUCAUUUUUAAGCCGCAAUAUGUGACAGCCCCUUUGGUCAUGCUGAAGCUAGAGCCUGAUGGACGCCUCUUACCCGUGCUCAUUCAGCUCCAGCCUCCUCGACAUGGAUGCUCCCCACCUCUGCUCUUCUUGCCCUCGGAUCCCCCCAUGGCCUGGCUCCUGGCCAAGAUCUGGGUCCGAAGCUCUGAUUUCCAACUGUACCAGUUACAGUCACAUCUGCUAAGGGGGCAUCUAAUGGCCGAGGUUAUCUCUGUGGCCACAAUGAGGAGCUUACCCAGCCUGCAUCCCAUAUACAAGCUGCUCGUCCCUCACUUUCGCUACACCAUGGAGAUCAACAUCCUGGCGCGGAAUAAUCUUGUCUCUGAAUGGGGAAUUUUUGAUCUGGUGGUGAGCACAGGGAGCGGAGGCCAUGUGGACAUUCUCCAGAGAGCCACAGCCUGUUUGACGUAUCGCUCCUUUUGCCCCCCUGAUGAUCUGGCUGACCGUGGGCUCCUGGGUGUGAAAUCUUCUCUGUAUGCUCAGGAUGCCCUCAAGCUAUGGGAAAUCAUCCAUCGGUAUGUGGAAAGGAUGCUCGAGCUUUUCUACACGAGUGACAGUGACGUGAGGGGUGAUCCGGAGUUGCAGGUCUGGUGCAGAGAGAUCACCGAGAUCGGGCUGCAGGGGGGCCAGGACCGGGGCUCCUUUGCCUUCUCAUCCUCUGGCAAUCUAACUCUCCGUUUCACCAGGAUCCCAAAUGGCCCAUGCACCAUGCGGAAGCCCCCACCGACAUCCAAGGAUGUGACAGAGAGGGACAUAUUGGAUGCGAUGCCUACUCUCCAGCAGGCACGGAUGCAGAUGACAUUCACCAAGUUCCUUGGCAGACGCCAGCCUGCCAUGGUGGCCCUGGGGCAGCAUAAAGAGGAGUAUUUCUCCGGCCCCGAUCCCCGGGCUGUGCUGAAGCAAUUCCAGGAGGAGCUGGCAAUUAUGGACAAGGAGAUUGAGGUGCGGAACGCAGGCCUGGACCUGCCCUAUGAGUAUCUCCGGCCCAGCAUGGUGGAAAACAGUGUGACUAUCUGAGAGGCUCCCCCACUGUCUUCCUUGGUCACAUCCUUUGGUGAAUAGACAAACUGCCCAUCCCAUCCUGGGCAAUUCACAGUGAUCAUUCCCAUUGCACUUCAGAAUCUGGAACCUUCCACGGUUGCCCUAACUCUAUCCAGCUGUGUGCUUCCUUACCCUGGAACCCUGCUACCCACUCCUCUUCCCCAAAAGGAUCUGGUUUAUACACUAAU